UCCACCAUCAUCGACCAUCAUCUGCGAAUCCACCACGUGCAACUCUUCACCUCGCGUUUCCCAGCUUCUCAUCACCCCAAUCCAUCAAUACCCCCCAAGUCGCGCAUCUAUAGCAACCUCAUGGAGUUCGUCACGGCCCUUCGGGGCACCUUUGACGAGCAGAAGCCGUCCCUCUUCGAGGUUCUCUCGGAGCAGCAGCUCAACGCCCUCCUCCCGCCCACCCUCCGCUAUCUCCUCACCAUCGCGACCCAUCGACACCCGCGAUACCUCCUGCGCAUACUAAACUCUUUCGAUGAGAUCUACGCCGCCGCCAUGCUGCUCGUCGAGCGCCACUACCUGCGAACCCGCGGCGGCUCCUUUACAGAACACUUUUACGGCCUCAAGCGCGAGAAGGGUCUGCAUGCCGAGGUCCCCCGCGCGAGCAUGUCGGCCCCUGACCUCGUGCGCGAGACUUUGAAGUUGUCCACAAAGGACGUGUGGAAGAAUCUGCUCGUCCUCGUCGGUAUCCCUUAUCUCAAGCGGAAGCUCGACGAGAGCUACGAGGUGAAUGCGCCCAGAGCCCUGCUCGGCGCGGCAUACACGCGAAUGCCCGAUAACCCGACCCUUCGCGACCGCUUCCUGUAUUAUUACCGAUGGUUCCUGCGGAACAUAUACCCGAGCGUCAAUGCUGGCUAUUACUUUGCCAUGCUGGCCUUCAACCUUGCCUACCUCUUCGACGGUAGCAAGUACCAUAGCCCGCUCAUGUGGCUGAUAGGUACCCGUGUGCGGAGGAUGACGGGCGCCGACUACAAGGCCAUCGAGGCCUUGACGCAGACACCCGAGAGGGGACACAGACCUGGGUUGCGUUCAUUGUUGAACCCUCGUGAGAUGGGACCCCGACUACUUUCUGGCCUGUCUCUUCUGCUGCCGACCAGCAUCUUUGCAUUGAAGUUUCUAGAGUGGUGGUAUCAGUCUGAUUUUGCAAAGCAACUAUCAAGAAAGGCCACAGAGAGUGUUGAUCUCCCUCCGCCCGUGAUAUCCGGGCUGGGUCGCAAGAGAGGAUCGGAUAAGAAGAAGAGCGAAGAUACAGCUAAUGAGGGCGAGACGACUCCUUCAGCCGAGGAUGCACCCAUUGCCACUCCAUCAUUGCUCCCUGUUUUCACAGUCCCAUUCCCAGAGGACUCGGCAUUGUGCCCAAUCUGCGUUGACGAGAUUGUCACGCCGACGGCCUGCCAGACUGGAGUCGUCUACUGCUACACCUGCAUCCACAAGUGGCUGGAAGGACAACACCCGAAACAGGAGGAGUUCAUGGAGGCCCACGAAGGAAAGUGGGAGAGCGGAGUAGGGAGAUGCGCGGUCACUGGGAAGCGUGUGCUGGGCGGAACUGAGGGCUUAAGACGGAUCAUGGUAUAG